CCGCUCGGGUGUCAAAGCAGAGAGAGCAAAAGAGGGACUCAGUAUCAGCGAGGAACGGGAGGACGAAUAACGGUACUGUGGACAACAGUGAUGUACAGCAAACAUAGGCAGAAAAAUUGCCAAAUAUCACCGGCACAAUGUGGACGUUCCCUUAUUAUGCUGUCUUUGCUACUACUAAAUGGCAUACUGGAAAGUGCAAACGGAGAUACACGGGAACAAGGGGAGCUAAGGGGACAGACAGUGACAGCACAGUGGAUCUCUCAAGGACGCACCAAGAGGGAGGCUGCUGGGACUGCUACACCACAGGACCAGUACCCGGACAAUGGGGAAAUAGUGCUGUCCUCCAACGACCUUGAAAUGGUGCUACAUGUGGAACGGAAUCAGGAGCUCCUGGGUCCAGACUUCACAGAAACACACUACAAUGAAGAUGGGCAGCCUGUCACUGUGGCCCCCAAUUACACUCAUCACUGCUUCUACCAUGGGCAUGUGAGAGGACACAUCGACUCAUGGGUAGCCCUCAGCACAUGUUCAGGAGUGAGGGGCCUGAUUGCCUUGAACUCAAACGAUACCUAUUACCUUGAGCCAAUCAGAGGGCUGGACUCUCUCCAUCACUCAUUGGUCAGCGCAGAGGAUCUGCCAAUUAGAGGCGGGACCUGCGGCCACGGGCAUCAGACUGGACACCCCAACCUCCUCUCUGGUUUUCUUAAACCUUUGCAUCAAAGGGUGAGACGAAAUACCUGGGGCACCACCAAGUACAUGGAGCUGUACAUCGUGGCUGACAGUACACUGUAUAAACUACAAAAUAAGGACUACCAGAAAACCACACUGAGGAUAAUGGAGAUUGCCAAUUAUGUUGAUAAGUUCUACAGAACUCUGAAUAUCCGGGUGCCUCUGAUUGGUCUGGAGGUAUGGAAGGAGAGGGAUGAGUGUAUCAUCACAGAGGAGCCCAACACCACGCUCUGGUCCUUCCUACAGUGGAGACAGAAGCUCAAGUCCCGCAAGAAGCACGACAACGCACAGCUACUGACGGGAGUGAUAUUUAAGGGGACCACCAUAGGGAUGGCGCCGCUGGAGGGGAUGUGUAGCCUGGAGAAUUCUGGAGGUAUCAACGUGGACCAUUCCGAUUUACCCAUCGGCGCUGCCGCCACUAUGGCCCACGAGAUUGGCCACAACUUUGGCAUGAGCCACGACCACGAGGGCUGCUGUGUGAAAGCGACUGCGGAGCAGGGGGGCUGUGUGAUGGCUGCUGCCACCGGGCAUCCAUUCCCCCGUGUCUUCAGCAGCUGCAGCAAAAGGGACCUGGACAACUACUUCCAGAAGGGAGGGGGGAUGUGCCUCUUCAACAUGCCCAACAUGAAGGACCUUGUUGGGGGCAAGAGGUGUGGCAAUGGCUUUGUGGAGUAUGGAGAAGAGUGUGACUGCGGAGAGCCAGAGGAAUGCACUAAUGACUGCUGCAACGCCAACAACUGCACAUUGAAGGAGGAGGCUCAGUGCGCCCAUGGGGUCUGCUGCGAGGGCUGUAAGCUGAAGCAGGCAGGUACCAUGUGUCGUGGUCCUGCGGGGGCAUGCGACCUGCCUGAGUACUGCACUGGAGGCUCUCCAUACUGCCCAGCCAACGUUUACCUGCUGGAUGGAUCCUCCUGCCUGUACGGUCAUGCCUACUGCUACAGUGGCAUGUGUCUGACCCACGAACAACAGUGUCUGCAGCUGUGGGGCUACGGUGCCCGGCCAGCGCACGACGCCUGCUUUCAAGACGUCAACGCAGCAGGGAACGCAUUUGGAAACUGUGGGAAGGACGGACAGGGAAACUACAUGAAGUGCGAGAAGAGCGAUGCAAAAUGUGGGAAGAUCCAGUGCCACAGUGCGGCCAAGAAGCCUAAGGGCACCAAUGCAGUGUCCAUUGACACCACCAUCCGUAGGGAUGGCAUGGAGGUGAAGUGCCGGGGGACGUACGUCUACACCACCCAGGAUGGACAGGGGGACCUCCCCGACCCAGGCCUCGUCAUGACAGGCACCAAGUGUGGAGAGGGGAAGGUGUGCAGGGACCGCCGGUGCCAAAAUGCCUCUUUCACCGAGCUCGAGAGCUGCAUCGCUCACUGUCAGGGCCAUGGGGUGUGCAACAGCAAUGGCAACUGUCACUGUAACCGAGGGAGGGCGCCUCCCUUCUGUGAGAAGCCUGGCCUGGGGGGCAGCGUGGACAGUGGGCCUGUCCAGUACGACAGUCAGCUGGGGUUGGUGGUAGGCCUUCUCUUUGCCUUCCUGGUGCUACUACCUGGGAUCCUCAUCGCAUUCUACUGCUACAAGAUCAAGAGCUCCUACUACCACAAGUGGCUGUCCCAGAGAGAGAAGAACAACAAGGCUAACAGACUUGAAGGCUCUAUGGAGAAGGGUAAGAACGGACGCCUCAACCCAGCGUUUCAUCUGAAGGUGGUGGGGCUGGCGAACAAAGGAAACAGUCACAAGGGGCUCCCUCACACCAGCAAAGAGGUGCUGCCUCUCAGGCCAGGCCCCACCACCAACGGCACCCAGCCAGUCAACAUUGUGCGUCCCCUAAGUCCCGCCCCCUCGCCGCAUAACACGCUACAGAGCUUCAAGGUGGUCCGCCCGCCUUUACCUGUCAGCAAGCCGCCCGGGGCCCCGUCCAAAUCACCCACCCCCCCUCAGAAACUCACCCCGCCAAAGAAACCGCUGCCCCUCAACCCAACACGAUCACCACUGUUGGUGUCAAAGCUGCAGCCCAGACACUCCCCCUCUCCUCCUCAGAGGCCCCUCCCCCUCAGCCCUGUCCGAGGGGGGGUGUUACAAAUGAGCCCAGCGACGGCAGUUCCUCCCAAACCCUCAAAUGGGCUGCUGGUGAUGAUGCCCCCUGCAAUCGGCCCCAAACCAGUGGGCAAGGUGUCUGUCAUCCCCCCUCUCAAAGCACUCAGACCGGUCCCAGGAGCGAAACCAAAUACAGUCUCGUUGCCUUUCCGAAAAUGACCCUGGAAGUCUAUCAGGUGCCGGCAGUCAGCAGCAAGCAGUUAGUCUAUUUGCACUAUAAAGACCCGGUUGGAGGGCUGGUACAAGGCAGACGCUGUCCAACAGUCAUAGGGGACGAGGCAGAGGCUGAUGGAGGGUGGAGAGGGAAGCAAGAGGAGGGGGUACUGGAGUGAACUUGGUCGUUCUCCCUCCAGAGGGUCCUGUCGCCUGACUUGAAAAUCGUGACCUGAAUGACCUCACCCUGUCCCGUGACAACGAUGAAAGACGACGCGGUUUUGCACGUAUGGAAAACCGUGCAGACUGAGAUGUGGUAUUGCUGGUAGUGGUCACAUUGCCAAAACCUUGAUUUUUAUUGUUUGUUUGUUUUUAUUGUCAAUCCGUUUAUAGGACUAGCUAGCAUUUUUAUUAUUAUUGUUGUUUAGAUGUCUGUUUACAUCUUAAAAAAUUAAUGGUUUGUGUUAUGUGCCAAAGAGUACUUUUGAGGCAUGUUGAUCAUUGCAAUUUGAUUUGAAUGUCUCUUGCUGUGUGUCAUUUUUGAGGGGAAUUGUUACAUAAAAAAACUCACCUUUUUACAAAACUGACUUGUGUACUUCUUCUUCCUCUGUGUUUUCUAGGUUGAAAUCUACAUAUAUAUUGAAAUAUAUUAUUCAUACGUUUCUCCCAUCCAUAUUUAUAAAAACUGUCAAGUCAUGGCCAGGACAGCUGAAGCUAUGGGACUUGACACUCCAAAGGCAUCACCCUCUCCUCGGCUUUGACUUUUUAUUCAACACGGAGGACUUGACACAGCCAAGUUGUUACACAUACACAUAGAGCUUCAGAUCUGGACCCAUCACACACAAUCCUCAAUGCCUUACCCAAUGCCGUAGUCUUUUCUAAAGUACAGUAUCAAAUCUUUAAUCAUUAGAUUGUUAUAUCAAUAGAUUGCCUAAUUUCCAAUACACAAAAGAGACAUUCUGUCAUGAAAAGAGGGGAAAUUCUUUGCAAGCUUAGAUAAGCUUAAACAAGUGGCCUUGUAGAGAACUGUAGAAAAGCAU